AUGGCGAAAGUGCAUAUUACCAAUGUGGUUGUUUUAGACAAUCCUAGUCCAUUCCUGAAUCCAUUUCAAUUCGAAUUAACCUUUGAGUGUAUAGAAGAGUUAAAAGAAGAUCUCGAAUGGAGAAUGAUAUACGUUGGAUCAGCAGAAACAGAAGAGCACGACCAAGUUUUAGACACAAUCUACGUAGGACCUAUUCCCGAAGGGAGACACAUGUUUGUAUUUCAAGCACCACCGCCAGAUGUGACCCGUAUACCUGAAAAUGAUGCAUUAGGUGUCACCGUCGUGCUUCUAACGUGUUCCUAUCGAGGACAAGAGUUCGUCCGAGUUGGUUAUUUCAUAAACAAUGAAUAUAGUGAAAAUGAACCGGAAUUACGGGAGAAUCCGCCUCCAAAGCCUCAGUUUGACAAAGUAGUGAGGAAUAUUCUAGCAUCCGAGCCCAGAGUGACGAGGUUCAAGAUAAACUGGGCGGAACCAGACGCCGCGGCUGCUACAGAUUCGGGAGAUGGUAAUCUGGAGACGUCACAUGCACCAAGCAAUGAUUCAUAUGGAGCAUCCUUCAAUGCAGACAGUCAAAUUAGCGGUAUGGAGUUUCAAGGCAGCUUAAGUGGUUAUGGAGAUAAUUCAAAUUCCAUAGCACCAAUGGAAUGCUGA